CUACCUUUUUAUUUUUUUUUUAAAUGCAAAUCAUGAUGAUCGCGAGUGGCAUACCAAUCACGAGAAGCUCCUGCCAGACAAUUUUUUAUGCAUUUACUGAAAAUUUGAGAAGCGUGAUCCUUGGAAAUGUCCAUAUCAGUGUUCAGAAUGAAAGGAAAGCAGUGGGGCUGGUGGACGGUUGCCGGUUGCUUUAUAUAUUAAUGAUCGCUCACUUUCAUUUUCUUUUUGGGCCUUCUCUCUUGAUAAGUCUUUGUACACUGUAGUCCAUCCUCAGCGUCGGAGUUUCGUACUUUAGACUGGGGCUUCCACGUGCGGGCCUUCCCAAGAAAAGUAAUGGGCUUCGGGCCUUAUAUUCUUCAAAAAGUGCUCACUUUCGGCGAGACACGUGGGGAAUUUCUGCCUUUCUUUUGUUUUGAGACCAUACCCUGGGCGUGGGGCCCGGGGGCCAUGGCUCACAGUUAUCCCGUUGAAUUCGAAUUUGCGUGGGAACUGUUUUCCAGGAUGGAAAUUUGGGUAGCAAAUAAGCAUGCAGACAAAAUGCAUACACAGAUUUCUUGUUUCAAAGCUUAGCAUAAUCCGUUUGCGUUCGUAUUGGAGAAAAAAAAAAAAACACUUGGGUACAGACAACUACUUUGGCAAUUAGCAGUAAUUACGCAUUAAAAACUGCCCAAGGUGAGAUAAAAACAAAUGCUCUUUACAAACAAAAGUUUGCCUUCUUCAAUUCCAAAGAAGAAUUAUUGGAUGACGUUGGAAAAUGGUUUCUGGGGACAUCAACCAACACAGGGAAGACAGCGGAAAGUAGGGCUUCCAGUAUAUAUAAAGCUACAAAAACGCAACGGCUCUAUUUAUCGAUCUUUCCCGAUUCCUUUUGCGUUUGGUCAGUUUCAGAAUUUGAAAAAAGCGCACAAACGGAGUCCAAAUUUCCCAAAUACAAAAAUAUCCAAACACCAAAAAAAAAAAAAGUGGGGGAAGGGAUAGAAGAAAACCCCUAAUUGCUCUUGAUUUUAAUUAAAUCCAAUUAUGUCCUUCUAACUGCAAAUUCUUUACCAAAUUCAAGACCCUUCAAAUCUUUUUAUCCAUUUUGUACGUAACACAUUGGUUUUUCCCUGCCGUUUUACUUUGAUUUUUAUUUUUUCAGUUACCGUUUUGAUUAGGCGGUGGCGGAAAUGAGCGUUGAGGAUGAGGCUGCUCAAUGUCAUGAUGCUGCCUUGCCAUAAUAAUCUCUCCAUAUCCAAUGAGCCAUCUCCACGCCUCCCUCGAAGCCGAUGUCGUCGUUGGCGUCAGAGCCGUAUGGGAACCGCAGUGGUUGCGGUUGCCGCGUUGCUUAUCUCCACCAGCGCCUGGCUCUCUCUUGUUUUCUCCGGCACCACCACUCGUUGCUGGCGUCGUUUCAAGGACUGGGAAGGUGGUCCCCAUUACCUCUCCCGCUCUCUUCCCUGGUCUUCUUCUCCCUAUCUUCGAUCAAUUCCUCCCCCUCCUCGGUUUGAUUUGCCACCAGCCUCUCCUCGUAACCGUAGCCUCUCGGAGCGUGGAAAUGAGAAAAAAGAGCUUUUUCUGAACGACAUCUUAUUUGGAAUAGCAGGAUCUUCACAUCUAUGGAAACAACGGAAAGAGUUAGUUAGGCUUUGGUGGCGACAGUCGGAAAUGCGCGGUCACGUUUGGUUAGAAGAGCAGGUCCCACCUGAAGAAGCCGACGAUUCGCUUCCACCACUCAUGGUCUCCGAAGACAUCUCACGUUUCCGUUACACUAACCCAACGGGCCAUCCUUCCGGUCUCCGAAUCUCUCGCAUUUUAACGGAAUCCUUCCGUCUCCGUCUGCCAAACGUCCGCUGGUUCGUUUUAGGAGAUGACGACACGGUUUUCAAUGUAGACAAUCUGGUGGCAGUCUUAAACAAAUAUGAUUCUUCCGAGAUGAUGUACAUCGGGGCACCCUCUGAAAGCCACUCCGCCAACGCGUAUUUCAGUCACUCCAUGGCGUUUGGCGGUGGCGGCAUUGCCAUUAGUUAUCCUCUGGCGGAGGCUCUCUCUAAAUUCCACGACGAUUGCAUCGAGAGGUAUCCGAAGCUUUAUGGAAGCGAUGAUCGUCUACACGCCUGCAUUACGGAACUCGGUGUUCCACUCACCAGAGAGAAUGGUUUUCAUCAGUGGGAUAUUAGAGGAAAUGCCCACGGUCUUUUAUCUUCUCAUCCAAUUGCACCAUUCGUUUCAAUCCACCAUGUUGAAUAUGUGGAUCCAUUUUUUCCUGGAUUAAGUUCGUUAGACAGUUUAAAACUGUUUAUAAAAGCUAUGAGAAUUGAACCCAGGAGCUUUCUACAACGAUCAAUCUGUUAUGAUCGUGUUAGGCGCCUCACUUUUUUAGUUUCACUCGGUUAUGUUGUUCAAGUGUUCCCAAAUAUUGUGCCACCUCGUGAGCUAGAACGUUCAGAGCAUACCUACAUUGCCUGGAAUAAAUUACGACACCCCCACGAAUUUGAUCAUGACACCAGGGGUUCUUACAAAUCUGUUUGCAAAAAGCCAGUUCUAUUUUUCCUAAAAGAUGUAAUGAAAGAUGGUAAUGCUACAUUGGGUUCAUAUGCUCGGGCCAAAGCCAAAGAUGACCUGAAAAGAAAGGUUUUCUGCUUUCCACGUUCCCCUCCAUUGCAAUAUGUGCAGAACAUCCAGGUUUUAGGGUAUCCUCUUGGAAAGAAUUGGCAUCUGGUGCCGCGUCGGUUAUGUUGCAAGAUAAACAAUACUGGUGAUGAACUCCUUAGAUUAACAGUUGGGCAGUGUGGGAAGGAAGCUCGCAGUUCUUUUACUGAUUCUCUGUGAAUGAUGGAGGGAUGCUGUUGAGUAUACAUACAGGCUUCAAGAUGGACCUCAAACCUAUUUGUUCCUUAUGCUUUUUAGCUGCAUGUAAGUUUUUGGGGUUUGCCUUGAGAUUGACAUUGAACAUUUUUCUCAUUAGCUUACUUCCUUAUAUCAGAUAUUGGAGUGCUUUGUUGUACACAGUUGAUAGAGUUGAAGAUUGGUUUGCAACUUCAGCUCAGUCAUUCAAUUCGUUGCCUUCAUUUUUGUUCAGAAGGUAUUCAUCAUAUACUGAUAGCUAACAUUUUGAACUUGCUGAUGCAGUGACAUUGGUACUUACUUGUCGAUAUUAAAUAUUGAUUUUGUUAAAUUUAUUUUUGGUGCCCCUCCAGAUUCUAGGCAUUGCGCAUGCUUUCAUUAAUUUUCAUAGUUCUUCUUGAGCUUGCUCCAAUUGAAAGGAGAUGUUUGGUCUGGAAUAAACCUAAUCUUACCAUCUAGGUGAUUGGCCAUGCAAACAAUUUUACGAUUGCGCAAUGACUAAUUCAGAGGAGGGAAAGUAAUAUGUCAGUAAAGGAGAAGAAUCUUAUAUCAAAACAGAUUGAACAAAAUUGAACAAAAUGCAUUAGUAAUCUAGUUUUUAUGUCCUCAUCCAUUUUAAAUUUGAACACUUAUGGAUCUCAAGCUAGACAACGCAACAGGGAUUGUCUGUUUGUGGUUAGCUACUCAAGUCUGUUUAAUUAAUACAAGUUUACCUUUUUAACAAAAGCUGUAUUGAACUUAAGUAUAACUUAUGAGAUUUUAGUCACCCCUCCAAACCAAGUCCUUUUCCAUUUUCAUUUGUUUAUUGCUUUAACUUGACCAUAUAGUUCCCUUUUAUUUUCUUCUCCUUCUUUCUCCAGAGCUUUUUUGUAUAUCAGGCCUGCCCCAUAACUAUUUGGAUUGUAAAAGCCUGGAUUCUAUCAAUGAUAUUAUGUUAUUUUCUUCUUUAUCAUAAAAGGACGACGUAUCUUAAGAGGAGGUUAAGGAGAGGACAAAAUGCGUUUUGAAAAAGAAGAGGGGAGUAUGCGAGCGAGCUGAUCAGGAUUCAGGGCAUUAUAUGUACUCAUCAUAAUUCAAGAUGAGCCUUUUAGUUUGAUCAUGAUUGAUUCCAUGAAACCGAAUUAAUGCUUUAUAGACUUGAGUUACAUUUUAUAUCAUAGUAGCAUAAUCCUUAGCCAGGUGGUUGCACAUUUUUCAUUUUCUUUUUUUGCUUCAAUGGAUCAUUAUUAUUAACAGAGGUCAUCUAAAGUGAUUACAACUUUGAGCAACUCUAGAAAUCAGUCUCUGCGUCUUUUUUUGAAAGCCCUGUGGAUGCAUUGUCCCAAUUUGUCCUGGUUUACAAUACAAGUCAUUUCUUUAAAAGCAUGCUUAGUAAGAAAACCUCAUGCCAGACAAGCUUCUGUUCAGUCUAGAAUAGCUGUAGUGACUUGAGAGAAUAUGUUUGCAAUCAUUAGAUUAAAUUGUUGUUAUUUUGUCUUCUCUGAUGUAUAUCCUGUCUUUGACCGUGUGAUGGAAAGAAAACAUGCUUCAUCCAGCAUCUUAACUAUGCUAGUAGGACAUCUAUUAUUUCUUUAGAUCCAUUUCUUUGCCUUUUCUUCUAACGCUGCUAACUUUACCCCUAAGGAACUUUCGCUUGAUCUAUUAGUUCCUUCUAGACUUUUAGGCAUUAACCUACUAGCUGUGUGAUUUUUCAGAACUUUAAGAGCCAGAUAUUUAGGUAAUUCUAUAAUGUUCUUUUGGUUUUCUUUCUCUUGAUCAAUGAUUGUUAUAAACCAAUGAGAUAUAUUGUGUCCUCUGUAAUCAGUUAUAAAUGUUUGAAAUGAGGUCCAUAGUGUUAUGCCAUGAAAUAUAAACCAAUGAACUUGGCCAAAAUAUAUAUAUAUAUAUAUCAAUAAACGGGCAUUUUCUCUGUGCUUAGAUCAUCAUUCUUGGAAUACCUUUGAUUCCUUUUCUUCGCUGCAGUUCUAUCCUUCCUGUGGUGUGUGAUAUGCUCUGAUCUGGCAUUCUGAUAAAAAAAGUUUUUAUGAAAUUUGGGGCGUUAGUCAAAAUAUUCUCCUUUUUACUGCUUGUUUUCUUCUUUUUUCUGUAUAUCUUGUUUGUUGUUAUUGCUGUUUUGUUAAAAACACCUAUCCUAUUUGAUUUUGUUUUAUGGAGGAAAGCAGAUACAGACCUGUCUAAAUUUACCACUUAUUUUCCCUCAAAUGUCCAACAGUAAAAUGAAUCUAUUGUGUCUGCAACAUGUUGGCUUGCACCUGGGAGGCUGGGAUCCUUAGUCCAACUGCCUUAGUUAAAAGCUCAGAUGGCCAAAUGGACUUGCUCUGUUGCUUGACUUGGCUAAAUGUAAGUUCAGUUCACUGAGCUUAUAACUCUCAUGCUAGUAUUUUGGAAUUGUAGCUGGUCCUUCAUGGGAUUAACAACAAAAAUAGAAAAGGCCUAUAAACUGGCCUUUUUUUUUAAUGGCGAGGUUGCAAUUUAGAAGAUAAACUUGCCUGGUUAUUAUCUCUGUGGAGUACUUUCCCUAGCUUGAAAUAGAAAGAACAAAAACAUUAUCUUUUCUCAUUAGAGAAACACAUAUGCUUCCGUGAAGAUUUAUGUUGACUAACUGUUAAAAUGGAGGAGAUGCUGCUGCAAUGGCUGAAGAUUUAUGUCUUUCUUUUGGCCAUUCAUUUGGGUAGAGUGGUAUCAUAGAUAACCCAAAGUAGGUGUCCCUGCAUGCUUAGUUUUCUACAUUCUUUUGCAAUUUAAAUAGGAAUUGAUACUGGGUUAUUUUAUAAUUCUGACAUCAUUUCUUCUUUUCUUUAAUACUUAUUAGUUUUUUCCCCUUUUGAUUGUACUUGAUGUACUGAAAUUUGAUGAUCGGGAAAGUUGCUUUUAGAUGUUAGAGCCGGGAAAAAUGAUAAUUUUAUGUAAGUGGAGCUUAAUUUUGUUUAUUCAUUACUCCAUGUAAUUUCAGAAUUUCCAAUUUGUCUUCAGCUUUUCUCCACAUAGCUGAACUUCAAGUUUGGGAAGAAUUGUUUUCUUUUAGCGUUCCUUUGGUGAUGAUUGGUUGAAUUGUUAGUCCCAAAGCGAAGCUAGCAUAUAUAAACAAAGGUACUAUAACAAGUAUAGCAUAUUAAUGUGUGAAAAUGAUGACCAUGAAUUUGAUCGAGAGGUCUCAGAUCAAAGAAAGAAAAAAAAAAAUGAUUUAAAGGUCUGCUUAACAGAAUUGCUUAGAAAUGUCCUAUGUGAACAACCUUACUGUAUCAAUGGAACUUCUGCUAAACAUUAGGAAUUUAAAAGCGAGGGUUUCUAGAUUUUAUGGAAUGGAAAUCAGGAAUUAAAUUCAUUAUAGGACUUAUUCUAUCUCUUUUAGAAGAUACUAUGCCGCUACUCGGACUAACUGUUCUAGGCUAUAACUCAUUUGAAGUUACUUCAAGUAGUUUAGAAACUAUGGUUCACUGUCGUGGUUGAGAGGGAACUGAUGGGACCUGCUUGGGAAGAGGGUGAAGCUAGGAUUUAAGAAGUCAAUCUGAUCAAGACAUUUGAUGGCACUGUAAAACUUAUAAGAGGCA